CACAGCCUCACUCCUCUGUGGACUGUUAGCCUGCGCGGAUGCAGUGAGACGCCUCUCUUACACUCACUCACUCGGUCUCUCUCUCUCUCACACACACACACAAACACGUACUCACACACGAGUAUACACACACGCAGUACUCUCCGUCAGCUCUUUGAGACAAUUUCCUGGUUCUGCGACACACUCUCUCUCUCUCUCUCUCUCUCUGUACCGUUCACCGUGUUGUCGAGAAGUGGGGGGAAAGGGGAGACUUUGGCUCCUGAGCUCCCUGGGAGAGGCUAGAGUGGGGUGGGAAAGCGUCUGAACUCUACAGCACAGGAGCCUCUGCAGCAACAACAACAGCAGCAGCAGCAGUAGCAGUAGCGCCAAGAAGAAUUUUUGUUUUUGUUUUGGUCAGGACCGUGUCGGACGCCCAUCCCCAGGACCUCCCUCAGGAACGCAAGCAGACGAGGAAGUCCGUAGAGGAGCGCCACCAUGUGUGACUGCUUUCACCUGGCAUUCCCCAACUGGCAUGGGCCAGGCACGGGGGCCGGGAGAAGGCUGAGAGGACCAGAGCGAGAAGCUGAAGAUGAUUCAGUAUGUGAGGAGCCAGCAGAGUUUGUAGAGGGGGAGAGACCACGCCCACAGGGAUCCUCCCCAGUAGAGGAGUUUCCAGCAGCAGAGUACAUUGAGAAACCGGGUGAAGACAACUUUUAUGACCCUCUCCACAAGACUGGCAGUGGCAAAAAAGGAAAGAAGGUCGGUUUCGGGUCCCUGUUUGACAAACGCUCAUCUGGGAAAAUGAGCCAGAUGGAGCUGCAGAAUGGGGAGUCUGAAGUGCUUGUGAAAACGGCAAAGGAGGCCUGUGCUGAGGGCUUGGUAGUCACAGGAGGAGGGAAGGACGGAAUCUUCAUUAAGGAAUUAAAGCCUGACUCACCAGCUUCAAAGCACCUUCGUGUUAAAGAGGGGGAUCAGAUUUUAAGUGCUACAGUUUACUUCGAUAAUGUGUCCUAUGAGGAUGCCAUUCAGAUUCUUGAGCAUGCCCAGGCUUAUAAAAUGGAGUUCUGCCUGAGACGCAAACCACCAGAACCCACAGUCCAGGAAGAUGUAGAAGCAGCACGACUGGAGGGUGAAGAAGGCUCUCCAAAAAUGAGAGGACGCAAGAAAAAGAGACAAGAAGUCAGAAUCUCAUGGCCAAAAUUUCCAUCCUUCAGCAAAGGUCGCAAGGGGUUUAAAAGGUCUCAUAGUACAUCUGAAGCAGAGGAGCAGAGGAAACUGGAAAUGAGCCCUACGACAAGUGAUACCGAAUCACCAGUCAAAUCUCCACUGAAAUCCCCUGAUGGAAAAGAAAAGAAGAAGAAGAGACUCAAACUGAAGGUCAAGAUGAAGGGACUCAGAAGCAAGUCAGUAGAACAUCCAACGAGAGACGAUGAGGAGCCAACAAUGGAGAAUCUGGGUGGUGUGGAGAACCAAGUGGAGCAAGACGGAACAGACAUACAGUCUCCUGAAGAAAUGCAACUACUAGGUGAACCUCAGGUUGUCGAGCAGGAGGAUGCCAAAAGCCAAAAGUCCACUAAAGCCAGAGAUGAAUACACAUUCCCAAGCUUAACAGGUCCUGAAAUGGAGACAGGCUUACACAGAGUAGAGUUAAUCACCUUGGAUAAAGCCCUGAAGACGACCGAUAUUUCAGAUGCUCUUGCCGAGAGCAGUCCAAAAGAGAUAAGCUCAGAAAGUGUAAAGACUGAAAGGUCGGAGUUGAGAGUAAACAUUCAGGGGAAAGAUCUAAUGGAUACUGUGAAAGAGAGCCAGAUAGAGCCAGCUAGAUCCUCUCCAGUAAGCCUAAAGGACCAAUCAACUAGUAUCAGGACCUCGGAUUCAUCCACCCAUGACAACGUUGUAAUCAGUCCCAGUGUGAUGUCCCACACAGAUUUCAGUGAUCAUCAGUCUGAUAUCAACAUCAAUACUCAGACAACAACCCAAGAAAGAACAGAAAAAAACAUGGGACAUGGAGAGAUGGAUAUGAGUAUGCCAAAAGUGGAUGUUUCACUUGAUAUGUCAGAUAUAGGUUUGCUAAGGAAGUCACCAAGAAUUGGAGGUGAAAAGCAGUGGAAAGAUAAAACAAUUAACAUUCCAGAACCCGAGAGCUAUGGGAUCCGAACCAGAGGUCCUUUGGCUGAUAUGGCAACAUCAAAGUCGACAUUUGAUGCAUUAAAUGGACUUCAGUUUACCUCUGACAGAGCUAGUGCUAGUAGUGCCCUAAAACCAGACAGUGAUUUGAAAUUUAAAGCUGUAAUUUCCCAACCUAAAUCAAGCACACUAGAUGUAUGUACCGAUAAAGGUGAGGAUAAUACAGUAGACAUAAAAGUUCCUAGAGCUUCUGAGAUACCAAUGGAAAUAAGCAUUGAUAGAGUCUUAGCAGAUGUCAGUACCACCGAGGGCAAAAUCAAAGCAGAGUUCAAACUGCCAAAAGUGGACAUCUCUGAGUCAAAUCUCUCUGACACAAUAAAGAUGACAAAAGUGGAUAAUAAAGGACUUCAACUUCCAAAUCGGGAGGAACUGGAAAUUCCAGGUAUGGAGGAUGCAACCUCAGCUGCAGCACUUCAAAUUCAGGGAAUGAAAUUACCACAGAUAGCUGAGAGUAAGGAUCCCAAACUAACUGAUGAGAUACCGGCUAAAAGAACAGAAAUUGAAUUCAACCUUGAGGAUGUGAAAGCACUUGUUGCUAAAAUACCAACAUUCAAAUUACCAAGAAUCGAUAUGUCAGGAAUUUAUACACACAAAGAAAUCACACCCGAUUCAGAUAAGAUUCUAGCAACAGCUGAAACAUCCCCUCCUGAACUCUCAGAAGCAAAGACAGACGUGAGCCUCAAAUUGCCUGAUGAUACAAUGGAAGCAGUAAUGACACCUAUAAUUCAAAUGAAGCACCAAGAUACAACAAUCAAACUGCCAAAAGUUGAACUGCCACCUUUUGAUGACCAUGAACCAAUAACUGUAACUGGCAUCGAAGACUCAAAACCAAAGGCAAGAUCUAUUAUAACUGAACUCAAGAGCAUGACUGUGGAGGGUAAAUCAGCUGAAAUUAAAUAUAAGCUACCAAAACGUGAGGACAUAGAAAUUCCAGGAAUGGAGGCAAUAAUGAAAACAAGUGUUCAAAUGCCAGAUGUCAAGUCUGGUUUGGAGAUCCAGGAAAUUCAGAAAUCUGAUACUUCUCCGUCUCAUUCAACUGACAGAAAAAUUCAAAUACCUUUCGCCUCAGCUGCUGAUAUAGACAUAAAAGGUACAACUCUUAUAAGUGAUGGGAAAACAGAGACACUUCCCGCUGACAAGAAAAAUCGUGACAAGAAAACAAAGAAAAUAAAGAAAUCCAAGGCUAGUUUUGGAAUUGCAAAACCUGACAUUCGCUUCCCUGAUACUGGAAUUGAUUUACCACAACAAACCACAACACCUCCAAAAAUGGAUGAGAGCCAAGUCAAAGUGGAUACCAAAAUGUUCUCUGCUGGUGAUGAAGUGAAGACCAAAACACAUCAAGCGGUUUCAUUGGACAUCCAGAAGCCAGAAAUUGGCAUUAAAGGUCUGUCAAUUAAGGAAGAAAUAAAAACUUCAAAAGUGAAGGAGGAAGGUCAGAUUUCCAUACCGGAAGUAGAUAUUCCUACUGCUGACAUAAAGAUUCAUGGAAUUGGAAUCUCUCCUCCAAAAGUAAAAGGAACUGAAACAGCUGUAAUGGAUACACCCAAAACAGACAUCACUACAUCACCACCUGAGGCUAAGGUACUGACUCCAAGUGCAGAAUGCCAAGUAACCAUACCAGAGGUGGGAGAUGUUACACAAUCAAUUGAUGUUAAAAGUGCAGUUAGGGAAAAUGAUGUCCCUGAGAGUGAGACUAAGGAUAUGGACAUCAAAUUAAAGAAAAGGAAAAUAUCAUUUCCAAAAUUCAGCUUCUCUAGAACUGAAGUUAAAGCGCCUGAGGUGGGCAUUACCUCCCCAAAAGUUGAUGCAAGUUUUCCAGAGACAAGUUUGGACACAAAAGACACAGAAAUAGAUGCCACAGCCCCUGAAAGUGAAACUAAAUUGAAAGAUAAAAAUAUCACUGGCUCCCCAACUAAAUUCAAACUCCCCACACUUAAAUUCCCCAACUUUGCAAUGUCUCCCCAAAAGGUCCUGCCUGAAUCUACAGUAUCUACAGAAUCUGCAAUAAAAACCUAUGAAGAUGAAAUCUUGGAGGUAAAAUUGCCAGAACACAAGCUUCCAGUGUCAGGGAAGCUACCCACUGUUGACCUGCAUACAAUUCCAAGUGCAGACAUUGCAGUCCCAUACAGGGAUACAGUAAGUCAGAUAGAGGGACCCAAGUUUCCUUCAACUGAAAUAAAAGGGCCUGAACUGAAUUUGAGCAUCACCCAGACAGAAGUGGAAAUUCCAUCUAUGAUAACCCAAGGAAAAGAUGCACUUAAGACAGAAAAGAUUGAAGGACUAUCUGUUGAGGGAAAAACCGAGCCACCAGAAAUGGAAAUAAAGGUGCAAGAUGGAAAAAGUUUCAAACUGCCUAAAUUUGGAAUCUCAGUACCCAAAAUGAAAGGGCCUGACAUGGAUAUAAAUGUACCAAAAGCAGAUGCUGAUAUUUCACCUCUGGAAGGGAAAGCAGAUAUUGAACAAUCAGAUGUUAAUAUUCCCUCUGUGAAAGCAGCUAUUGAUAUGCCAAAGGUAGAUGUUGAGCUGCCAUCAGUUGAUCUGAAAGGUGGAAGUGCAGACACAGAUACUAAUGUUGAGGUUGAGGCCAAGGUGAGUGACACAAAACUUAAGAAAAGACGGAUUUCAUUUCCAAAAUUCAGUUUUUCUCGGUCUGAAUCAAAGGGAUCAGAUGUGGAUGUUGAACCUCUAAAAGUAGACAUCACUACUGCAAGUGUGGAUGCAAAAGUCUCAGAGACAGACAUUAAAACACUUGAGGGUGAAGCAGCACCAAAGGAUAAAAGUAUCAGCAGCUCGCCAACAAAAUUCAAACUGCCCACACUUAAAUUCCAUAAAUUUGGGAUGUCUCCCCCAAAACUUCAAACAGAAGGGAUGGAUGCAGAUGUGGUUAAUACUAUACCUGAGGAAGAAAUUCUAGAAGUGAUCGUCCAAGAACAUGAUCUAUCCGUAUCUGGAAAUGUUCCUACAAAGGAACUCCACCUCUCUUCAAGUGGAAAUGUUAACAUCUCCCCUGCUGAUGUGGAGGCAAAAAUAGAUUUAUCAGAUAUCAAAAUGGAGUCACAUGAGCUGGAUCCAAAAAACACUGAAGGAAAUUCAGUGUUCAAAAUGCCCAAAUUUGGAAUCUCACUACCAAAGGUCAAAGGGCCUGAAAUAAGCAUGAGUGUAUCAAAACCAGAUGGUGGCGUUUCUGUGUCAAGGGGAAAAUCAGAAAUCCAAUCUCCUGAUGUUGAAAUUAAAACACAAUCUCUUGAAGCAGAGACAGAUAUUGGUCAUUUAGAAAGUAAAGAAACUGACAUCAAAUUUAAGAUGCCCAAGAUGUCAUUUCCAAAAUUUGGACAUGCAAAAUCAGAGAUCAAUGCAACUGAAACUGAUGUUGCACCAAAGCUAGACAUUUCUCUGUCAGAUGGGGAAGUGAAGAUCAAAGAUGAUUCAAUACUACAGGGUAGUUUAGAAAUCACUUCACCAAAAGCUGAGCAGAAAAUUGGUGUUAAAGAGACAGAUUUGGAUAUUAAAGUCCCAGAUGUAGAACUAAAGGAUAGUGCAACCCUGUCAAGUUCACCAAGCAAAUUCAAACUUCCUACUUUCAAAAUGCCAAAAAUUGGGGUUGGAGUCACAAAACAAAAAGCUGACAUAGCAGACCCAAUUGCUGAUAUUAAGUCUCCAGAAGUAAAGUUAUCCGGGGUAGAAGAUGACAUAACUAUGCCUGUGCCAUCAGAAGUAACUGCCCCAUCUAUUGAUUUGUCCCUGUCUGCCAAGACACCAGGAAUAUUGAUGGAAAAACCUGAUAUUAAGGUGUCAUUACCAAAGAUUACAAAUGAAGUUGAAGGUUCCCAGAUAUCAAGCAACUUGAAUUUACCAUCAAUAAGCCUAACUGCUUCAAAAACAAACAUAGAUAUUACAGGAACAGAAAUGACCUCUGGUGUGUCUGGUGAAGCCACUAUCUCUACAUCUGGAAAAUUGCCUUCUUAUGAUCCCCCAAGGCCCAGACCAGAUGUUGAUAUAUCUGUUCCAGAUCCUGAAAUCACAUCGCCCACUAUUGACACAGAACUGCCACAAGCAGAAGCUAAACUUAAAAAACGAAGGAUAUCAUUCCCAAAAUUUGGAUUCUCAAAACCAGACAUUAAAUCUCCAGAUGUUGAUGUCACUCUUGCAAAGGUUGAUGUCUCUCUUCCAGAAGGGGAGGUCAUGGAGCCAAAAGUUGAUGUUAAUGUUCCGGAAGACAUCGAAUUAAAAGAUGGUACUGGAAUGGGAUCUCCAACAAAAUUCAAACUCCCUACUUUCAAACUACCCAAGAUUGGUGUUUCAGCAUCUAAAGGUGUGGUAGAAGUUCCAGAAGUGGAUAUAGAUGUAAAAACACCACAGGCAAGCCUACCAGAAACUGAACUGAAUGUUUCAGGAAAAGUUCCAGCUUUUGAUGGCGAAGGAUCAGGUGUGGAGUUGGAGGUACAUUCAAUAGAUGUGGCUGUAGAAACAAAAGUACCAGAGGCAGAGGGAAACAUGGCCUUAACUUUAACCAAACUUGAAGGUCCUGAAGUCCAUGUUAGUGCCCCAAAAUCAGAUUUGGAUGUUUCUCUGCCUGAAGGAAAGGUUGACGUCGAUGUUACUCUACCUCAAGGAAAAGUAAAAAUGCCUGGAGUAGAUUCCAAAGGUUUUGAUUUAAAAAUGAAGAGACCAAGUUUUUCAUUCCCAAAGUUUGGAUUUUCAAAAGCAGAGGUUAAGGCUCCAGAUGUUGACAUCCCAGAAGGAAAAGUAGAAGUUACACAGCCAGAUCUUCAUGUUAAGGUUCCAGAGGGAGAGGCUCAAUUGAAAGAUAUCAAUGUUACUUCACCAACAAAAUUCAAACUUCCCACAAUUAAAUUCCCUAAGAUUGGAGUGUCUGCACCCAAGGGAAUAGCAGAGAUCCCUACUAUUGAUAUUGAUGUCAAUGCACCUGAAGUCAGUCUGACCCAUGCUGAACUAACAAUUUUAGGAGAUAUGCCAGAAGUUGAUGUUGAAGGCCACGGGAUGGAUACAGACACUGACACAGAUAUGAGAGUAUCUGACACUGAGGGCCAAGAGAACAAGUUGAAGCUUCCAAAAUUUGGAAUAUCUUUACCAAGCGUGAAAGGUCCUGAAGUAGAUGUGCAUUUUUCUAAGACAGAUUUGGAUAUUUCCCUUUCAAGAGGCACAACAGACAUCGAAACUUCACUUGUUGAAGCAAAGGGUGAUGUAUCUGAUCUUAAUCUGAAAGACACUGACAUAAAAGCAAAGAAACCAGGUUUUUCAUUUCCCAAAUUUGGAUUCUCAAAACCUGAAGUUAAGGGCACAGAACUUGAUGUCAGCCUUCGGAAAGCUGAGGUGAAAGACCCAGAAAUUCAUGGUAAAAUUCCAGAGGGAAGCAUUGAAGUUAAAGAUUCCAAGAGUAUCGAUGUAAAAAUGAAGAGACCAAGUUUUUCAUUCCCUAAAUUUGGAUUUCCAGAAGUUGACAUGUCUCUACCAGAGGGAAAAGUGGAGAUCAAAGAGCCAGAGAUUGAUGCUAAGAUUCCAGAGGAAGAUGUUCAGAGUCCAAAUAUUCACAUUUCACCAUCAAAAUACAAACUCCCAACAUUCAAAUUGCCCAAGAUUGGAGUUUCAGCACCUAAAGGGCCAGUGCAGACACCUGAACUAGAAAUUGAUGUAAAGGCACCUGAGGUCAGUUUACCAGAUGCCGAGCUUAAGGUUUCAGGGGAUGUUCCAGAGGUAGAUCUCAAAGUUCAAAAAGUCAGUACAGACACAGAAGGACCUGAGGUUGAUGGACAGGGAAAUAAGUUCAAACUUCCCAAUUUUGGAAUCUCUUUACCAAAAGUGAAAGCUCCUGAGUUUGACAUGAGUGUCUCAAAACCUGAUUUGGAUGUCUCGUUGCCUGAGGGAAAAGUAGAUGUUGAUGCUCCAUUACCUGAUGUGAAGGCUGAGAUACCUGGAGUUGAUUCCAAGGCUAUUGAUAUAAAAGUUAAGAGGCCAAGCUUUUCAUUCCCUAAGUUUGGAUGGUCAAAACCAGAUGUUAAAGCUACUGAUAUCGAAGUCAAUGUCCCAGAAGUUGACAUGUCUCUACCAGAGGGAAAAGUGGAGAUCAAAGAGCCAGAGAUUGAUGCUGAGAUUCCAGAGGAAGAUGUUCAGAGUGCAAAUAUUCACAUUUCACCAUCAAAAUACAAACUCCCAACAUUCAAAUUGCCCAAGAUUGGAGUUUCAGCACCUAAAGGGCCAGUGCAGACACCUGAACUAGAAAUUGAUGUAAAGGCACCUGAGGUCAGUUUACCAGAUGCCGAGCUUAAGGUUUCAGGGGAUGUUCCAGAGGUAGAUCUCAAAGGUCAAAAAGUCAGUACAGACACAGAAGGACCUGACGUUGAUGGACAGGGAAAUAAGUUCAAACUUCCCAAUUUUGGAAUCUCUUUACCAAAAGUGAAAGCUCCUGAGUUUGACAUGAGUGUCUCAAAACCUGAUUUGGAUGUCUCAUUGCCUGAGGGAAAAGUAGAUGUUGAUGCUCCAUUACCUGAGGUGAAGGCUGAGAUACCUGGAGUUGAUUCCAAGGCUAUUGAUAUAAAAGUUAAGAGGCCAAGCUUUUCAUUCCCAAAGUUUGGAUGGUCAAAACCUGAUGUUAAAACUCCCAACAUUGAUGUCAAUCUCCCAGAAGUUGAUACAUCACUACCUGAGGGGAAAGUAGACAUCAAAGGGCCAGAGAUUGAUGCUCAGAAACCAGAGGGGGGUGCUCAAUAUAUAGAUACUAAUAUUCAAACCUCACCUACAAAAUUCAAACUCCCAACAUUAAAAUUCCCUAAGACUGGAGUUGCAACACCAAAAGGGUUGGCUGAAGCACCAGGUCUAGAUAUUGAUGUAAAGGGACCAGAGAUCAGUCUGCCAGAUGCUGAGCUUAACAUUUCAGGAAAAAUUCCAGAGGUUGACAUCAAAGGCCAACAUGUGGACACACAACUUCCUUCCACAGAUGUCAGUGCAAGCACAGAAGGACAUGAGUUUGAUGUAAAAAUGAAGAGGCCAAGUUUUUCAUUCCCAAAGUUUGGGUUCUCAAAAUCAGAUGUUAAAGUUCCUGAAAUAGAUACAAAUCUACCAGAAGUUGACAUGUCUCUACCAGAGGGGAAAAUGGAAAUAAAAGGCCCAGAGAUUGAUGCUAAAAUUCCAGAGGGAGAUCUUCAACAUAAGGACACAAAUAUUCAUGCCUCACCAACAAAAUUCAAGCUCCCAACAUUCAAAUUGCCCAAGAUUGGAGUUUCAGCCUCAAAAGGUUCCGUAGAAGCACCUAGAAUAGAUAUUGACGUGAAGGCGCCUGAGGUCAGUUUACCAGAUGCUGAGCUUAAAGUUUCAGGGGAUGUUCCAGAGUUGGAUCUCAAAAAUGAAAACAUUGAUGCACAAGCUCCAUCAAUAGAUGUGCAUGGACAAGCAGAGGGACCUGAAGUACCAGAGAGCAAGUUGAAACUCCCUAAGUUUGGAAUCUCACUGCCAAAAGUGAAAGGCCCUGAAAUUGAUCUGAGUGUCUCAAAACCAGACAUGGAUGUCUCUUUGCCUGAGGGAAAAGCAGAUGCAGAAGCUUCUUUGUCUGAAGGUAAAAUUGAACUAUCUGUGGUGGAUUCCAAGGGUAUUGAUAUAAAGAUGAAGAGAUCAGGUUUUUCAUUCCCAAAGUUUGGAUUGUCAAAACCAGACAUUAAAGCUACAGAAGUGGAUACCAAUCUUCCAGAAGUUGAUAUUUCACUACCAGAGGGAAACGUGGAAGUCAAGGAAACUGAGCUUAAUGUGAAGGAUACAGAGGGAGACAUUCAACUGAAAGAUACAAGUACAAUCACUUCACCAACAAAAUUCAAACUUCCUACAUUCAAAUUCCCUAAGAUUGGAGUUUCAGCACCAAAGGGUGAGAUGGAUGUUGAUUUGAAAGCACCUGAAGUCAGUGAAACAGAGGCUGAACUGAAAGUGUCCAUGGAAGUUCCAACUGCUGAUGUUAAAGGCCAACCAGUGGAUAUACAGGCUGAAGGGCAUGACAUUGAAGGACAAGGAGGCAAGUUCAAACUUCCAAAAUUUGGAAUCACUUUGCCAAAAGUGAAAGGUCCUGAAAUUGAUGUAAGUGUUUCAAAAUCAGAUUUGGAUCCUUUUAUUCCAGAAGGAAAAAUGUAUGUUGAAGCACCAUCAGCUGAAGUGAAAGCAGAAAUACCUGAAGUGGAUUCCAAAGGUCUUGAUGUUAAAUCAAAGAGACCAAGCUUUUCAUUCCCCAAAUUUGGUCUGUCAAAACCAAUUGUGAAGGCUCCAGAUGUUGAUGUGACUCUUCCAGAAGCAGAUGUUUCUCUUCCUGAAGGAGCCAUAGAGGUCAAGGACUCUGGAGCAGGUGUUCAAGUUUCUGAGGGUGACAUUGAACUGAAAGACGCAAACAUUUCUGAAUCACCAUCAAAAUUUAAACUCCCCACAAUUAAAUUUCCUAAAUUUGGUGUUACAGCUCCAAAGGUAACUGCCGAAAUAGAACAUCUAGAUGCUAGUAUUAAAGGAACAGAUAUCAAUGUGCCAGACUCAGAAGGGAAAGGAGGACCAUUGUCUGUUGCUAUUACAGGCCCAAGCGUAGCUAUCAAAACCACAACAGCUGAUGUGGACAUGAAGACAAGGGGGGUUGAUGUUGAGAGACAAGAAAGCAAGCUCAAACUCCCAAAAUUUGGAAUGGGAUUACCUAGAGUAAAAGGCCCUGAGGCUAAUGAAACGAAGGCCGAUGCUGACAUUACUUUACCAGAGGGGGCAAUAGAAGUGAAAGUGGCUAGUACUGAGGUGGAUAGUUCUUCAGCUAAAGUAAAAGUAGACUUACCAGCAGUGGAUUCAAAGGGGAUUGAUGUCACUGUAAAAAAAUCAAGCUUUUCAUUUCCCAGGUUUGGGUUUUCAAAAUCAGAUAGGACCUCUGAAGUAGAUACAUCUCUACCAAAAGCAGACAUUUCUCUGUCAGAGGGAAAUGUAGAGGUUAAAGAAGCCAAACAGUCCGAAGAAGAAAAGAAGCCAGACAGUGAACUUGAGGAUGAAGUGAAGGCAGCAACUGUUAGUGGAUCACCAUCAAAAUUUAAACUUCCCACAAUCAAAUUCCCCAGAUUUGGAGUAACAGUUCCAAAAGUGGAGUCACAUGAUACAGAUGUGCAGGUGAGAGGGAAAGAUAUACCAGACAAUGAACUGAAAGUUUCUGGGGAGCCUGUUUCGAUUGAUAUUAAAGUAACGAGUACACAAGGACACAAUGCAGAUGUUGAUGUGCAGACAGUAGGAGUGGGGACAGAUGGACAAGGGAGUACGUUCAAAUUACCCAAAUUUGGAGUAUCACUCCCAAAGGUCAAAGGCUCUGAAGUACCAAAGCCAGAAGGGGAAAUUUCUCUACCAGAAGGCAAAGUGGACAUGGAAAGAGAUGUUGAGGAUUCAUCAGUUGAAACUAGAGUAGAUGUACCGAAGGUUGAUGUGACUGCAAGGAAACCUGGCUUCUCUUUCCCCAAAUUUACUUUUUCUAAACCAGAAGUCAAAUCUUCUGUGAUUGAUGGAAAGACCCCACAAGAUGAUGUUUCAAAGCCAGAGGGUAUUGCUGAGAUACAAGAUGUUACAUUAGAUGUUAAAAGUCCAGAUGGAGAAACUGCUGUUUCCUCCCCCACAAAAUUCAAACUACCAACAUUUAAACUACCUACAUUUGGAGGGGCUACAUUAAAGGGUGCUGGAGAAGUUACUGUUGAUCCUUCUCUGCCACAAGGAACAGCUGAAGUUAAAUCUGUUGAUGCAGACAUCAAUACGCCUGCAUCUGAAGUGACUAUAGACUUGACCAGCAGUGAUGUUAAUGUUGAAGCUAAGGAGGUUAAGACAAGAAUGUCAUUUCCUAAAUUUGGUUUUUCCAAAACUGCAGUUAAAGCCCCUGAGGUUGAUGUGACACUACCUAGUGCAGAUGUUACUUUACCCGAGGGAAGUGUAGAACCAGAAGUAAAUGUGAAGAUCCAAGAAACAGAGCCCAAAGGUGAGGCUGUUGUCGGGGGGUCUCCAAGUAAAUUCAAACUCCCAACUAUUAAACUGCCCAAAUUUGGUACCACUACCCAAAGACCUAACAUCGAGGCUAAUGUUACGGUUCCUGAGAUAGACAGUUCAUCAGUGAUGAUCAGCACUGAAACUGAUGUUCCAGCAGUUGAAGGAACAGUUGCCCCAGAUAGUGAAAUUUCAACACAGUCAGGAGACAGCAAAGUUUUAAGCUCACCAAGCAAAUUUAAAUUACCCACUUUCAAAAUGCCUAAGCUUAGCCUUUCAAAGGCAAAAUCUGAAGAAGAUUCUGCAACACCCACUGAGGUCAAACCCCAGGAGGACCCUCUGGAAGGAGACAAAGAGAACACACAGGUAACAGACAAAUCACCUAAGUUCACUUUACCAACAAUUCAGGAUGUUCUUCGGGGCUUUGACGUUGAAUUCCAUGUCCCCACAUUAGAUGAAACAGAUGAGCCAAAAGGAGCCUCUCAACCAGAUGAAGGAGAACUGAAGCCUGCUGCUUGUGUGGUGGAACAAGAUGUGGAAGCAUCCACAGAGGCAUCAAAGGAUAGUGAUUCAGUAGCAAAGACCAAUGGGACUGUAAAAGAGAUUGUUAAGGAAGAGCAGAUAUUAGAGCUUCAGACAGAACAGAAAUUACAGGAUACCAAGGACCCAGAUCCAAGCUCUGAAAAAGGAAGCUGGUUCAAAUUCCCUAAAUUCCCCUCACCAACCAAAUCUGUUAAACUUACAGAGAAAGAAACCAUAAAACCUAGCGAGGAACAAGAACAAAACACUGAAAGUGACAAUUUAGAGAAUGAGAUCAGUAUAACAUCUUCAGUGAGGUCAUCUGAUGCAUUUGCUGAUGAAAGCUCUGCGCCAACAACAGAACAGAUUGCACCUUCAUUGUUUUCACCAACAAAAGUGACAGUAAAAUAUGCUGAGUCAAUCUCCACUGGCACAGGGGAUGUAACAGCUAAAAUUAUUACCUCUACUGCCAGAACUGAGCUUAUAUCUAUGGAGCCUGAUCUGCCAGAGAAAGUUAACAUUUCCUUCUCCUCUGACAGUUCAUCUAUGGACACACUAAAACAAGAGUCAGGGGCAAUCCAUAUCAUCACAUCAAAUGUACAAGCCAUACCAGACACACAGAAAGCGACAAUUCUGAGUCAUACUGUUCAGUCCCUGCCUGUUGAGCAAGUUAUCAUUAAAACCACGUCUACACCAUGGUCAAUGAACGAAACCAGCACGUUGCAAGAGGAUAGCAUAGUGGUUGAGAAGCAUGUGAUCAAGGAGAUGUCAGGUGAGAACAUGGAGACAGUGAUCAUAACACAGAAAACCUGCAUGCUUGAAGCUGACUCUGGGGAGCCCAUCAGCCAUACAGCAGCUUCGUCCUCUCAAACUUUACGAGACAUAGUGCAUAAAGAAAAAAUGAUUUUUUUUGAAAGUAGAGAGAUGCCAUUGCCAGCAGAAAGUAUUGUUGUGAGCAGUGUAACCACAGAGACACGUGUAAUCAAACACUCCACUGAGGAACACUCUGGGAAAUGAUCUCAAGAGGUCUGCAUUUGUGCACCAGUUCAUAGUAACGUUAUAUUACUUUUCAUACUUGUUUUUCAGUUGACUUACAUGACCAUACGCAGGCCUAUUACAGAUACUGUAAAGGUGUGCAGCUUUAAUUUAUUAACAAAUAAAAUUUGUUGUCCUUGUUGAUCAUGUCACAUGUGAGUGUUCAUCCACUGCCAAAACCUGUAGUAGAAUCUAUGAGAUUGAAAAGAUAGACUGUUGUCUUUUUAAUGUGCAUUACUAAUGGGUGUGGUUCUCUAUCUUAACACAAUUUACAAUGAUUACUCAGAAACCAUUCAAUUAUAUAUCAAUAAUAUGCAUUCAUUAUUAAGUUGUAGCAACAAUGAUACAGUAUAAUACAAUCCAUAUGGCUAUAAUGAAUGUUGCAGAACUUUGUUGGCUUAAAAAAAAUAUGCUAAAGAAAAUAUCACUUGUAUUUAAAAGACUUUAGAUAUAUCUGGGCAAAAUAUUUUAAAGCCAGAGUAGAAAGCCUCUCUGAUUUUUCAACAUAAUGUAAAAUACAAUGGUGAUAUAUUUGAUGUAAAUAAGUUGUUUUAUUAACGUUUGCAAAUAUCUUUACUGCAGCUGAUAUUAUUUUUACCCUGGCUCAAAUGAUGCAGCAUAUUUACAAGAUGAGGUUUAAUAAAGUUGUGAUGUAUA